UUUUUGGCCCCGGCGAGGGGUGUCAGAUUGAGCGCUCUGUGCGCAUGUGCGAAGGUGUCCAAACUGACAAUGCUGGGGAGAUGAAGAUAGUGUGUAGCUGCUUCUGGACUCAAGGAGGAGGAGAGAGAUUCCGCGCGCCGACACCAUGCGAUCCAAGGCGAGGGCCAGGAAGCUAGCCAAAAGUGACGGCGACAUUGUAAAUAACAUGUACGAGCCCGACCCGGACCUCUUGGCUGGUGAGAGUGCUGAGGACGAGACAGAAGACAGCAUCAUGUCCCCUAUCCCCAUGGGGCCACCCUCCCCCUUUCCCACCAGCGAGGACUUCACCCCCAAGGAGGGCUCACCCUACGAGGCCCCCGUCUACAUUCCCGAGGACAUUCCGAUCCCUCCUGACUUCGAGCUCCGUGAAUCCUCCAUCCCGGGGGCCGGCCUGGGCAUCUGGGCCAAGAAGAAGAUGGAAGUCGGGGAGCGGUUUGGCCCCUACGUGGUAGCGCCGCGGACCACGCUGAAGGAGACCGACUUUGGAUGGGAGCAAAUCCUGACUGAUUCGGAAGUGUCGUCACAGGAGGGCUGCCUCAAAAAGAUUUCAGAAGACCUGGGUGGUGAGAAGUUCUGUGUGGAUGCUAACCAGACCGGGGCCGGCAGCUGGCUCAAGUACAUCCGAGUGGCCUACUCCUGUGACGAGCAGAACCUUACCAUGUGCCAGAUCAACGAGCAGAUUUAUUAUAAAGUCAUUAAGGACAUUGAGCCAGGCGAGGAGCUGCUGGUGCACAUGAAGGAAGGUGCCUACUCCCUGGGGACGAUGCCGCCCAGUCUGGAUGAGGAGCACACCUUCCGCUGCGACGAGUGUGAUGAGCUCUUCCAGUCCAAGCUGGACCUGCGGCGCCACAAGAAGUAUGCGUGCAGCUCAGUGGGCGCCACACUUUACGGGGGCCUGGCCGAUGGCCUCCAGCCUGAGGGCCUGGGCGGCACAGGCAGCGGAGACGGAGAUGGGCAGGCCCACGAGUGCAAGGACUGCGAGCGGAUGUUCCCCAACAAGUACAGCUUGGAGCAGCACAUGAUCAUCCACACGGAGGAGCGCGAGUACAAGUGUGACCAGUGUCCCAAGGCCUUCAACUGGAAGUCCAACCUCAUCCGCCACCAGAUGUCCCACGACAGCGGCAAGCGCUUCGAAUGUGAAAACUGCGUGAAGGUGUUCACCGACCCUAGCAACUUGCAGCGGCACAUCCGCUCACAGCACGUGGGCGCGAGGGCACAUGCCUGCCCCGACUGCGGGAAGACCUUCGCCACGUCCUCGGGCCUCAAGCAACACAAGCAUAUCCACAGCACGGUCAAGCCCUUCAUAUGUGAGGUCUGCCACAAGUCCUACACGCAGUUCUCCAACCUGUGCCGGCACAAGCGCAUGCACGCCGACUGCCGCACGCAGAUCAAGUGCAAGGACUGCGGGCAGAUGUUCAGCACUACCUCCUCCCUCAACAAGCACCGGCGCUUCUGCGAGGGCAAGAACCAUUACGCACCCGGCAGCAUCUUCGCGCCCGGCCUGCCCUUGACCCCCAGCCCCAUGAUGGACAAGGCGAAGCCCGCUCCCAACCUCAACCAUACCGGCCUGGGCUUCGGCGAGUACUUCCCCUCCCGCCCGCACCCUGGUGGGCUGCCCUUCUCCGCAGCAGCCCCGGCCUUUCCUGCUCUCACGCCAGGCUUCCCAGGCAUCUUCCCUCCGUCCCUGUACCCCCGGCCACCUUUGCUACCUCCCACACCCCUGCUCAAGAGUCCCCUCAACCACACCCACGAUGCCAAGCUUCCUAGCCCCCUGGGGAACCCUGCGCUGCCCCUGGUCUCCGCAGUCAGCAACAGUGGCCCGGGCGCCACCUCGGCUCCAGGGGUACAGGAGAAGUUUGAGGGUGGCCUAGAGGAUGCAUAUGUGGAAAAGCUCAAGACGAGGCACAGUGAUGUGUCGGACGGCAGCGACUUUGAGGACAUCAACACCACCACGGGGACUGACCUGGACACCACCACGGGGACAGGCUCAGACCUGGACAGCGACGUGGACAGCGACCGCGACAGGGCCAAAGACAAGAGCAAGGCGGCCGAGGGCAAGCCUGAGUUUGGGGGUGGUCCUGCACCCCCGGGGGUCCCCAACAGCGUGGGUGAGGUGCCAGUCUUCUACUCCCAGCACUCCUUCUUCCCACCGCCUGAAGAGCAGCUGCUGAGCGCAUCGGGGGCUGCAGGCGACUCCAUCAAGGCCAUCGCCUCCAUUGCCGAGAAGUACUUUGGGCCUGGCUUCAUGGGCAUGCAGGAGAAGAAGCUGGGCUCACUGCCCUACCACUCCGUGUUCCCCUUCCAGUUCCUGCCCAACUUCCCCCACUCCCUGUACCCCUUCACGGACCGCACCCUCACCCACAACCUGCUGGUCAAGGCCGAGCCCAAAUCACCCCGGGACACCCUGAAGACGGGAGGCCCCAGUGCCGAGUGCCCCUUCGACCUCACCACCAAACCCAAAGAGGCGAAGCCCAUGUUGCCGGCGCCCAAGCUCCCCACUGCCCCUGUGUCGGGUGAGGAGCAGCCCCUGGACCUGAGCAUUGGCAGCCGGGCCCGGGCCAGCCAGAAUGGAGGGGCCCGAGAGCCCCGCAAAAACCACGUCUACGGCGAGCGCAAGCUGGGCGCGGUUGAGGGGCUGCCCAAGGCGUCCCCCGCACAGCUGCCCCAGCAGCCUUCCCUGCACUACGCCAAGCCCUCGCCCUUCUUCAUGGACCCCAUCUACAGCAGGGUAGAAAAGCGGAAGGUGACCGACCCCGUGGGCGUCCUCAAGGAGAAGUACCUGCGGCCGUCCCCACUGCUAUUUCAUCCCCAGAUGUCAGCCAUUGAGACCAUGACGGAGAAGCUGGAGAGCUUUGCAGCCCUGAAGGCUGACUCGAGCAGCUCCCUGCAGCCCCUGGCCCAUCACCCCUUCAACUUCCGAUCCCCGCCCCCGACGCUCUCAGACCCCAUCCUCCGGAAGGGCAAGGAGCGGUACACAUGCAGGUACUGUGGCAAGAUCUUCCCCAGAUCAGCCAAUCUCACAAGACACCUGAGGACACACACCGGGGAGCAGCCGUACAGGUGUAAGUACUGUGACCGCUCCUUCAGCAUCUCCUCCAACCUGCAGCGGCACGUCCGGAACAUUCACAACAAGGAGAAGCCCUUCAAGUGCCAUCUGUGCAAUCGGUGCUUCGGGCAGCAGACCAAUCUGGACAGACACCUCAAGAAGCACGAACAUGAGAACGUGCCAGUGAGCCAGCACUCCGGGGUCCUCACGAACCACCUUGGGACCGGUGCCUCCUCCCCCACCUCCGAGUCGGACAACCACGCACUUUUAGAUGAGAAAGAGGACUCCUAUUUCUCCGAAAUCAGAAACUUUAUUGCCAAUAGUGAGAUGAGCCAAGCAUCAACUCGGACAGACAAACGGCCAGAGAUCCAGGACCUGGACGGUCCCCCCCAGGGCCCCGGCUUGGCUGAUGAGAAGCCAGAGGACGUGGAGGAAGAGGAGGAGGAGGAGCUGGAGGAGGAGGACGAGGACAGCCUGGCGGGCAAGUCCCAGGACGACGCCGCGUCCCCCACGCCUGAGCCACAGGGCGCCUACGAGGAUGAGGAGGAUGAGGAGCCACCAGCUCCCCUGGCCGUGGGCUUCGACCACACGCGGAGGUGUAUUGAGGAGGAAGAAGGCGGUCUGUUAGCUUUGGAGCCGAUGUCGACUUUUGGGAAGGGGCUGGACCUCCGCAAAGCAGCUGAGGAAGCAUUUGAAGUUAAAGAUGUGUUUAAUUCCACCUUAGACUCUGAGGCUCUAAAACAGACCCUGUACAGGCAGGUUAAGAACCAGGCGUAUGCAAUGAUGCUGUCCCUCUCUGAGGACGCCCCUCUUCACACUCCCUCCCAGACCUCACUGGAUGCUUGGCUGAACAUGGCAGGUGCCACGUCGGAGUCCGGAGCCUUCAAUCCCAUCAACCACCUCUGAGAAGCCCAGGAGCUGCUGGGGUCCAAGUCCAAAGGGAGGCAGCAGGGCCCCCCCGACGUCCCAACUAAGUCCCAGCAGCCCACGGUGCAAGGUGGAGGCAAGGGCCUCAGGCAGCCGCCCAGCCUGGAGCCAGGGAGGCCCCUUGUCACCUGCGUCUGGCCACUCCUCAGCGUCAACCCGCACCCAUCAUGACUCAGUCCCAACUCUUCAGAUGAAAACUCAGAACCCAAAAGCCCCUGAAGCAGUUGUAGUUUCACUCUCUCUAAGGAUCGUUCUUAAAAGUACCAUUAAGUCUUGAUACCACACACAGCAUCCUGUCCAGCUCAGGGGACUUGCCUCGCAGGAUGGGUGGAAUUCAGUCGCAAAUGGAAGCCAAGGGGCCACUUUCGGGCAUUGCACGGUUUCUUGGAAGGAAGUAGACAGACCCUGGUGUGCUCCAAAGAGGUCAAUCCCUCAAAAGAUUUUUAUAACAAAAACUACACCAAAACCCCUUUUGGUAACCUUAUCAACUCCAGAGUCUCUUUAAGCAUGUGGUUUUAAAAGACAGUAUUUUUAAAAAAAUCAAAAAUGACUUGCAAAUUGUUUUUUAAGAAGUGAUUUUUCAAGUCGCUCGGAGAUCUCAGCUCAUUUGCAAACCCAAGCCUGCCUCGGGCCAGCGCGGGAUUCGGGUGUGCUCUUUGUACUAUAACAGAGACAUUUUCUGUCUCUGACCGUAUUUGUAUAAGCCAAGGGGCCCCCAGGGGCCCCCAAGGCAGAGCUGAGAGGUGUGGGACUGACUCCGGCCAGCGCUAUCAGAGUACAGUUCGGCCGAGAAAUUCUUAAUUAUCCAUCCUGAAUGCAGGCUUGACUGGAGCCAGGCCGGGAGACAAGCCUAACGUUGUAUCAUCUGUGAGAGGCUCUGGAGGAAUCCACAGCCCUCUUCCAAGACCCCCAAUUGUCUGGGGACAUCAGGAGCUGGUGGCGGAGAUGCAACAGGCACCCGACUCUCAUUCCAAGAUCUGUGCCUCGGCCACCUGUGCUCAUCCCCGAGGCCACCCUUCAGAAGGGCCUGCUGACCGAGUUCCGGGCCUCCAUCCGACCACCCCCACCCAACCCCAGUCAGACAGACAGCAGGAAGUGAACCGCAGCCUCCGGCCCUCUCUGUGGGGGAGUGCUCACAAGGCCACUUCACCAAGCCACCAAGCUCUCCCUGUGCCUGCAACUUGGACGGACACUCACCUCCCAAUGGCCCAGGCUCUUGGCAACAGGAGGACAUCCAGGUGUGACCGACACAGGGAGAGGACAGCUCCAUCUUCACAGGGACAGGUCGUCCUUCUCCACUCAGAUGGGCUUUAAAUUAUUCCCAUAGGGGCCAAAUGAAAAUAAUAAUGCUUUCCCAGAUGGGAUUUCCCUUAAUUCUGUAUAUAACUUGUAAUUUUUUUCUAAUUCAUUUCUUUUCCUAUUUUAUUUCUUCCUUAACAGUACUUUUGGCAUUAGACAUCCUUAUUGUGAAGAAGUGAUGUUAAUAUAAGUACCCAGUGAAGGACCAAAACUGUGUGAUGAGGUUGUGUGUUGUGUGAUCAAUAACCAGGGAGUGGGGUGAUUGUUGAUGUGCCAAAUACCCCCGCACCCCCCCGGCGAGUCCUGCUGUCCCUGCUGUCCCUGCCUCCCUGCCCCGAUUCCAGACAAUCACGUGUUUUUGUUCAAUUUGCAUUUCAGUUGCAUUUGCGUUGAAGACGAGUGUUCUAUUUAUUUCUUUUAUUGUUUGGAAGAGGAAAAAUCGCCCAAGUUGCCCAUAGAGAGUGUGGUGGUGCUGCCCCAUUUAGGGACACAUGUCUUCAAUGCGUGUCUCCAAGGAGUGUCCAGGCAAGGGUGUCUGUGCCACCCAGGCUGCACCAGGCCAGGCAAUCGUCCUUGUAAGUGGGGGACCCUGCAGGUUUCCACGAGAAACCUGCGUCAGAAGGUCCUCACAGGACACAGCAACCCUGGGGUCACAAGUGCGUUAAAACCGCACCAGGCAGCCAGGCUGAGUGGCGCCCCCUGUGUGUGAGCUAAAGGCAUGUGCAUGCAGGUGUGGUCUGGGGACAGGUCUUCUGGGACCACUGAGGAGAGGCUUCAAGGGAAAGGGACAGGGCUAGCUGCAGACCUCCUCGAUAACAAUUUGGAAACACACCCCACCUCUUCAUGACUGUCCCCCCAAAACAUACCCUCAGCCACGUUCAUCAAGUCCCCUUAAUCUGGGCCUUUCAAAAACCCAACCUCAGACACAAACACCCCGCUUCUUAAAUCCAAAUUAUAUGAUUUGUUCUGCUCAAGAAUCAGGUGUGUGCUUUUUUUUUUUUCAGUGCGGCUCUCUGGCUAGGGGGUUUGAAUGGAUGGAGACUGCAAGUAUGUUUUCGCAGAGGCAGAACAGGGGAGGGGCUCUGCUGCCUUCUAUCGUGGUUUGGGUUCCUGGUCACCUCCUCUGUCAGCCUCCUUCCUCCCCCUUCCCUAAAAGCACCCAUUACCCAUUUUAAAUCAUAUAUUUUUGUCCCUCUGAAAACGACGGCAGCAAGCCCAGGUUCUUCUGAGCUGUCAGCCCCAUGGGUCCAAGCACUUGGCAGGUUUGGGGGAGGGGGGGUUCUGUCCUCUGACCCUUGACAAGAAAGCACUUAUUUAUGGGGCCUGGGGCAUCCCCAAGACAUUGCCUCAGCAGCUCAGCAUUGCCCUGACUAUAGCAAGACCUGCCCUCCCGGCUCCUCUCGGCAGUGGGCUUGGGCACCAGCCCCAGCACCACCAGGCCCUGCACCUGGCAUCAGUGAUGCCUAUGUCACCCCUAUGAGCCAGGAAAGACGAGGCCAUGAGGGAGCACAGGGCAGGUGGGGGGAUUGGAAGUCCUAGCCUCCACAGCCACAAGGUGGCAUAUCCAGCGAACCCAGAAGGCCCUGGAAUCACCAGCAAGGGCUGAGGUGCAGGUGUCCCUGGCUGGUUGAUAGCUGUAUCAGCAGGCGGUGUCCAGGGUCAGGGGCUACAAGCCAGGGCCACAUCCAGCCAGGUAUGCCAAGGCCCAGGGCCCUUCUGUCCUGCCCCAACUGCUGCCCUGAAGCUAACUGUUUUGGGUUAUCCACACUCAGCCCCAAAAUGACAUCCAAGGGAAAGCCUCCUAGCAACUUUCCCCCUGCCCCUCUGACCCCAGCCCCCACUGCUGCUUCCCUUCCCAGAACGACUAGGGAGCCUAUUG